AUGGCAUCCAACACAGUCACAUUUCUGGUCGUAGCGACAAUGACUUUCUUAGUUUUCACUUCGUGUCUGGCCACUUCCGACCCAAAUCUCUACGUAAAUAACACUCAAGAACUGGAAACCAGUGAAAACCGUGCUGCUGCUGCGGCUGAUAAUACGGGGAAAUCCCUGAGUUUGUCGGAUCUAGUUUACGGCACGUCUGCUGCAGCAUCCAACCGCCAGUCCGAUGCUGUCGGUUACCUAACUGAAGAGGAUUUCCGAAACGCCCUCGCUGUUGAAGACAGUAGCGACGUCACCAAUCCCAAUUGGAACGCAGACCAUCAGCAUCAAUCAUCCAAUUUGUUCGAGGGUGACAUUGCCGGUGUCAAGUCGGCCAGAGAGCUGCGCAAUGCCAUUAGCGGUGUCAAUUUCCGUUGGCCGGAUGCUGUCAUCCCUUACGUCAUUACAUCCUCAUACACCCCAAGCGACCGCAGUAUAAUCGCCAGAGCCAUGAUGGAAUAUCACAACAAGACUUGCAUCCGCUUCGUUCCCAGAACUAUCCAGCCAGAUUACAUCAUCAUCAAAACCACAGGAUCUGGGUAUUAUUAUAAAUCAAUCGUGCUGGCUUAUUAUUAUUAUAAUAGCCCACAGGCCAUGUCGCCUCAGCAGUGUAACAGUAACAUUGGGCGAACGGGUGGGUCUCAGGUAGUGUCGCUGGAUCAAGGCUGCGUUCACGUGUCGCUGAUUAUUCACGAGCUGAUGCACGCCGCUGGCUUCUUCCACGAGCAAUCGCGAACCGACAGGGACGAUUACGUCGUCAUCAACUACGGAAACAUUCAAACAGGCAUGCAAAAUAACUUUAACAAGCUUGGACCCGACAUGAUUGAAUUUUUGGGGACUUCGUAUGAUACAGGCUCAGUGAUGCAUUAUGAUCAAUUCGCUUUUGCCAAAGAUCGAAACGUCCCCACCAUUUACUCGAAGACGGGCAGUAGCCUGGGUAAUACACAGGGAUUUAGUCAGAACGAUGUCUUGAAAUUGAAUCUGAUGUACCAAUGCAGCCCUGUUGUCGAGACUACUACUGCUAUGGCAACCACCCCAUCAACGACAGUCGCGACGACAGUGACCGACUCAACAACCGUCGUCCCCACGACAGUUACCACAUCAAUUCAAAUGUCGACGACAACGACAUCAAUUCCAACUACGGAAAGUACAACCCAAGGGACCACAACAUUGACAAAUGGACCGACUCAAAUGCCUUUUACGACCACAACGACGUCUCAAGUGACAACCGGCCCAGAAUGUGAGGACAGACUGGCUGGAUGCGACGUGUGGUUUGACGAUGGCUUCUGCGAAAACAGCACCGAUCUGAUGAGCGUCUUCUGCAGGAAAACUUGCGGAUUUUGCUCCACUCGUCCUGAAGUCUGCCUGGAUGUCAUUUCAUUUUGCCCUCAAUGGGCCAACAGCGGACUGUGCAUUGCUAGCCAGGAAUUCAUGCUGGCCAAUUGCCCAAAAUCUUGCGACUUUUGUAAGGCAUCUUAA